GGUUAAAAGUUUCUUAAUGGAUGGUCCGUAUUGGUAGUUGUGAUUUUUAUUUUAUUUUUUUAUGUAGAGAAAAGGAGAGGAGACGACAAUAUCCCAUGAAUAUGAUGACAACCUUGAAACUAAAUCUGGGUCAGCACAUGAUUGUGUCUCCCCGCGCCACUCGCACAGUCGCAUUCGCACCACCCUCCUCCGUUACCGUAUCUCUGACUCACCAACAUGCUUCUGCUCCUUCUUCCUCCUCUUCUCUAAUUCUACGUCAUAAUGGUACACGGGUCAGGUCCCAUUCUCAACCAUUCCCAGAAUCCGAUGACCAAGUUGAAGACCUUAGGGUCCCUGACAAUUGGUUAGACCCAACCAUCGCCUUCCAGGAAUCAGAGUGGCUUAGGGUUACUUUACAUAAAUGGUUGGAUGAUGAGUACUGUCCUGAAGAAACCAAUGUGGAAAUAAGCAGAGUUGCUGCCAACUCAUUCUACAAUUCUCUGCUACAGAAGCAAACAGACUUGGGUGAGAUUCUGUUGAAGAUGGCCCGUGAAUUGGAGUCUAUUAAUUAUAAAGAGAGUUUCCAUGGGGCAUUCUCAUCAGCAAAUGCUGCUAUUGACCUCAUUGCUCAACGGAUAGAACAGCUCUGCCAGUCAAUUUGAAUUUGAUUGCUCUAAUUUGUUUGUUUUGGUUAUAGUACACAAUCUUGUUCACACUUGACUUCUUCUUAGCUUUAAUCCCCGGAAUAUUGUAUUGUAGGCCAUUCUAUGGUUUUUUUUUUUUUUUUUUUUUAAUGUUUGAGUACUUUGGUGUCCAUUUCUCAGCUUCCUGAAAAUGGAAUGAAUCUCAUAAAGCAAUGUGUUCAUGUUAUACUCUGAAUUUAAUUAAGUUGGUAUGCAUGGAGUUAGGGUUUCUUUUCCGUAA